UGGCUCGGCCCUUCCGGAGAGCGCCAUGAUCGAUUUCAAGGAUGGCGCACACGUGACCUGAGCUUCUAUCGCACGUGAAUAUGCGUAAGUAACAGAACUCUAAAUGCUCUCUGAUCUCACUCGGGGCUGUCAUCUAAAACAACCUCGAUCCGUGCUUCUGUUCGAGAAAGUGCGUAGUGUAGAGACGAGAGAUGUCGUCGUCGGUGCGGUAUAGGAAGCAGCGUCCUUCGCCAACGCUCCCGCAAAGGAAGCAGCCGGAUCUCUGGCCGGCUGACGAGAGACGGGUGGAAGAGAUCAUCGAGAAUGAAGAGGAGUUCGACGACGGAUCAGACAAAGUGACCGCGUUCGAGAUCGUUCGACUGAUAUUCACGGUUCUCGUCAUCAACUUUCUGCUCUCGUAUUUCAUCACCGACUCGUAUUUCUGGAACUACGACUCCCUGAUUCUACGACCGCGCUACCUCCAAUUCCUCCUCUACCGCGCACUAGACGCCUCUGGCGCUCUCCCGCAUCUUCUCCCUUUCCUCCCGUCCUCCUCGCAACUGCACACGUUCUCCUAUCCCCGCAACUUCACUGAUUCCGAGCUCGCACUCUACAAUGGCAAGACCCCUGGUCUACCAAUCUACCUCGCCAUCAACUCCUCGGUCUUCGACGUGAGCGAGGGCCGCACCAGCUACGGCCCAGGCGGCCCGUACCACAUUUUCGCCGGGCGCGACGCGACGCGUGCUUUCGUCACCGGCUGCUUUACUUCUGAUCUUACGCACGAUCUGCGCGGCAUUGACGAAGAGAAAAUCAAAACCGAUGUGGCGCACUGGGUGGGGUUUUUUGAAAAGAGCAACAAGUAUUGGUAUGUCGGGCACGUCGAACAUGAGCCCAUCACCGGGCCGCCGCCUGGUCCUUGCCAGAGUCGCGCAAUGAGACAGAAGCCGGGUGUUCGUCGAGGCGAUGGAGUGAUACAAUGAUUAUUAAUCUGUACGAGACUAUGACCAUAAAAGUAAAUACUAUGUUUAUUCAAGAUAAAUGUAC